AUGCCUGAUCUUCAGAUCCCGAAUGUAACAAUAGAAGACCUUCAAACUUUCCAAGCCCAACACUUCCCCGGUAGCGCCCAGAUCCCAACCACCCAGUACCAGUACCGGCACGAUGAAACCGUAGACGAGCACCUCGACGGCGGAAAUGCCUACGACGAAGACGACCUCGGGUACUACCCCGAUGGAGUGAAGCGGACAUUGACGGACGAGCAAAUCAAGAUCUUCAGACAUAGCGAGAUCCAUACGCUUCUUCGCGAAAAGCAGCUGCGCGAGGAGGCUCUUCUUGAGGAGGCGCGGGAGAAAGCCGAGGUGGAAGAGGAGGCGAUCAAAUCGCGCAAGGAGGCUAUCCCUGAGACUGUUGAUAAAGAGCCUACGAAUCAUCCCAAGCGCGCUGAGGGCGAGGUUGAGGAUUCAGUGCUGGAUUACGGUGAGGAUGCUUCUGUUGGGAAUGUGCGGAAACCGGCCCGGCCGGGGUAUGCGUCUCAGUUUACAGGACGGAGGAUCAUCUCGUAUGAUGAUUGA